UGACAGAUGGAGGUAGAAGGGGAGGGGCAGAGAGAGAGAGAACGAGAGCGGUAAAGGGAGGAGGAUGAAGAGUUGGGGGUCAGGUAGACAGAGAGACAGACCUCAGCAUCCAUGGUGCCUGCGCAGAAAGCUGUAAGUGAAGGACAUUGUUCAAAACAUCAUCUUCCUCAUGGGCAGCGCACCGAUUUAAAGGGCUGUUACUCUUCGGGCGUCCCGAGUUUGAGUCCCGGCUUGCGGACCUCUCCCGACCCUUCGCUCUUUACUUGCCGUCUAAUAACUGUCGAAUCAUAAUAAAGCAAAGAUGCCUUUUUGAAAAAGGUCUAAAAGAAAAUCGUACAGGUCUGGGACAGUAUGAGAAUACGGAAGCCUGUUCAGAACGGAGAGAUGCGUAAACUGUAAAUUGUGAGCUGUAAAACAAAUUCGUAUUGCGAGAAACUAAUUGUGCACGUCUCAGUUGUAAAAUAUAAACCCAGAACUGCCAGGAUUGCCUUCGGAAUAGGCUUUCAUAUGAAGGUGAGUAAAUAAUGACAGACUUUGCAUUGAACUAACAUUAAAGGAAUCGUUAAUCCAAACAUUUUUUCCUAACGUCAGCCGUUUGGUUACUAGCUUUCUUCGAAAUAUCUCAUUAGAAAGUAUGUUCAUUAGAAAAAAGAAACUUAAACUGGAACAGCACGACGGUGAGAAAAUGAGGAUUUUAAUUUUCGGGUGAACUACACCUUCAAACUACAAUUGCGACAACUAGGCUGCUAGCAGCCAAUCAAGCGUUAGACAUAGGCUUAAAAGUGUGCGCUAUGCUAAAUGGAUGAAAUACUAUUCUUGCAUUGCUUAGAUUGGCUUGUUUUACCAUCCCAGUUCAGUCUGACGUAGUUAUCCUUCCCAGGAGAAAUAUGGUCUAUUUUGUGCAUUUCUAUAUGUGUCACUUUCAGCCACAGUUAAAAACCAGCUACAUUUGUGGUCACGCUCUUAGUCAUAUCUCCAUAGCGACAGCUUGCGACUUCAUAGCACUUUUCUACAGAGUUAUUAAAAGAUCAACUGAAUACCAUACUAGAUAUGAUCACAGAAAUUGAUAUAUAGACAACAGAUUAAGACAACCGUGAUUGUUCUACAUUGAAACCAAGUGUUAACCACAUACGAUUUUGUAAAUAAAGGUUCCAAACGGGAUUUUCACAGUGAGUGACGCCAGAAAAGCACCAUUUGCUCUAAAGAAUAUUUCACUGAACAGUUCACAAAAGAGAACCUUUUUCACUACAAAGAAUCUUUAGUGCAGUAGAGAGCUUCCAUGGAUCUUAAAGGUUCUUCAUAGAAGAAUAGUUGUCAGCUUUUAAGAAUGUGAGGCCACAUUCACACAGCAGCAGAAUAUACUUCUCAGUCCUAAAGCAAUAGUUCACCCAAAAAUGAAAAUUACCCCAUAUUUUACUAACCCCAAAGCUAGGUGUAUAUGACUUUCUUUUUUCAGAUGAAGACAGUCUUGAGUUUUUAAAAAAUGUAUGGCUUUUCCAAGCUUAGUAAUGCUUGUGGAUAGCGGCCAUUAUUUUAAAGCUCCGUAAAGUGGAUAUAUAUGUUGUGAAAAUAACCUAUACGCCUCCGGAUUCUUAGCUGACCUAUGACUCGACAUAUGAUGCAACUUACGACAUCAAAUCAUAAACAUUUAGAUGCCCCAUUGAACCACUCCAGGCAGGUAGAUGCAGCCGCCAUGUUGGAGCGGUGAACCUGACUUCAUACGCAGUGAUGUAGAUUCACACAGAGCCUGUGGAGGAUCGUGGCAUAUUUUGAAUAUUUAGUGAUUACUUUGGUCAAUAUCUUUGGAUAGAAAAUCAGAUUCGCAGAGUAACCUGAAGCCAGACCAGCCGUUGCGUAUGCGCAGUCGUAAGCGAGACAUAACUGCGCUCAUGUGCACCGGGUGGUCUAGCCUCAGGUUUCUUUUGAAACCAGAGCCAUGGGGCAUUUCGGCCGAUUUCAGGAUUCCCCCAUUUAUUUAGAUUGGACUUGGUCUUGUUUGAGCUGCCUGGAGGCAUUGCAAAAAUGGCCGCCGAGCGAACAGUCUUUCCUUGAACUUUCCUAUAAGAUCCAAGAAGUGAUGAAGGGUCAAUGGCAUACUUCUUUCUUCACCUUGAUCAUAUUUUAUGGAACCGGCCAGUCCAGAAAUACGCAAACAGAAGGUCUGGCCUGUGUGAGCGAUUAUGUGACCGACAUUUCUUGUGUGUGGUGGAACUCGACAUUUUCGUCUGACCAGCGAUGCGUGCUUGGGGGGAAAUGUGACAUAAAAAGAUGUGUUUCUAGAUCCUGUGAACUGCUGCCACUGAGCAAUCAAUCACCUUCUAGGAGAAGCUGUUCUUUAAGCUUUGACAAACAUCACUUUUUUUUCGUCAAUAAGUUCUGGUUGAAUGUAACCUGUAAUGGAUCUGUCGUCACUAAAAUACAUUAUCAGCCUAGCCGACACAUUAAGACCCAACCCCCAGAUAUGCCCACUGUAAGUGAGGACAGAAUAACUUGGAGUAAAGGCAGUAACUUUCCAGAAGCCAUAAAAUCUUAUGAAUUUCAGCUGCAGGUUAAAGCCUUACAUACAAGCUGGGAGACAGCAACACUUAGGAAUUGCUCUCAGGAAAAUGACGUGCAGCUGGACCAUAAUAAACUGACUGUGGGAGAGGUGUACCAGGCCAGGGUACGUGUGAAGCCCGUUGAGCCCUUGGAUCAUGGUUAUUUUCGUGGGGAAUGGAGCGACUGGAGUCCUACUGUGUCCUGGAGAUCUGAGAUUGGAAAGCCACCGAUGAAACCAAGAUAUGAUGUAUCUCCAUCAGUGCCUGAUGAUAUUCGUAUUGUUCUGAUCAUUGGAAGCCUCAUCUUGCUUGUUCUUACUUCUCUUUGUUUGGUCAUCUGUAAACUAAAGAAAAGCAAACGGUCAAUAAAACCAAACAAUCAGCAUGUUCCCGACCCCUCCAAAUAUUUCCAGCCUCUUCACACCGUUCACGGUGGAAACUUCCGGAAAUGGCUGGGCUGUCAGAAUUCUGUUGGGCCUUUUCUUACCCUUCAGUCGUGUGACGAUAUCUCACCUGUAGAGGUCAGCAAUUUUUGGGACGUGUCCUUGAUGGAUCCCGCCGCUCAGAUGUCUGCUGCAGUGUUCAAUCAGGUGGACUCUGGGCUGGAGAACAGCGGCACUAGUCACGCGUCCUCAUCCGUUUUCUCUAACAUGGGUUACUUCUACAGCAAAUCCAACAGAGGCUCUCUUUAUCUCGAAUCCUGCCCCGUGUACUUCAGCUACCACCCCGAGGAAGCCACGAGCUCCACUGCGUCCUCACCCGGGUCUUCUUACGACUGUUUGCAAACCCCAAGUUACCAGACGGAUCAGCCCGUGAGCCCGGAUUCGGGGUUCGGCAUGGCCGGAGAGGAGCUCUGUGAGGACGAGCAGGAAGAUGAAGAUUGGAGGGACGCCGAGACGUGUGCGGUGGAAGGACAGGCGCUGAUCUCCUUCAUCAUGUCGCUGUCGCAGGGUUCCCACAGUGCUGUUCGCCGGCCGGAGAGUUUGUCUCCGGUGGCCGUCAGCACGCCGCUGUCUGAACCUGCGAGAGCGAGCGGCGGCGCGUCCGGCUCGGAGCCGGCAGAGGCCGCCGUGGUCAGAGCCUCCUCCAUGAUCGAGCCCUGCGGAAGCGGCUACCUGACCCUGAAGGAGAUGCAGAAAUACAGCAACAAAUCCAUCUGAACGCAGGCCUGCUCUGUCUCUGUAUGUGUAGGGGAAAACAACCCAGGUUUAUCUUUGAAAGUCAGUUUCUAUAGUAGCAGAAUAGAAAUGUUUGGGGUCAAUAAUCCUUUUAAUGUUUUCAAAAGAAGUCUCUUAUGCUCACAAUGCUCUGCAUUUGUUUGAUUGAAAAAUACUGUACACAUAGAAGUAUUGUGGAAUAUUUUUUUUAGAAUUUAAAAGAGCUGUUUUGUUUUUUAUUUUAAUAUAUUUUAAAAUGUAUUCCUGCUAUGGACUUUUUUAGCAGCCAUUACUCCAGUCUUCAGUGUCACAUGAUCCUUUAGAAACAUUUUCCGUGUUAUCAGUAUUGCUGCUUGAUAUUUUUGUGGAAACCAUGCUACAU